CCCGCCUCUCUGUGCAGGUUUGGGCUCUGGCGUCUGCAGCAACCAAUCAGGACCUGAGCCCAGACUCUGACCCGGACAUGGAGACUCCUUGGGCCAGACACCCAUUCGGACGCCACCUGCUGGAGACUCUCCUGGAUCACUACAGUCAGAUAAGUGACGUUCAGACUCUGGCCAUGCUGUGCAGCGUGUUCAAAGCUCAGGCUCCGCCUCCAGACUCUUACGCACUAUUCGGGCACCACGCGUCGCGGGCCUGCGUGUUCCCCCCGCACCACGCUCGUUAUCCCAGCUACACGUCCAGCUCCGUCACCUCGGGCUCCUGCUCCAGCACCUCUGACUCCAUCACCACGACCACCUGGAACCCAGGUCGAGACUCUGAGCACGCCAACCCGUGGGGCGAAUCCUCUCCCGACGACUACCGCUACGUCAACCAGGGCUACACAGACCCGCGAGAACGCGAGCGAGAGCAGCACAUGCCUUUGUGCAACCUGCCUCCUCCAUCCAAGCAUCUUCAUCUCCACCACCAGCGUCCCGGCACUAAUCCCGAUCCCCGCCGGGAUUCAACGCCAUCAGACUGGACACAUCCUGGAGAGCAACUUCGAAUCACCACACGCAUGUCUUUAGACUGGGAAGGACCCACAGACACAGCAGAACAUAUGAAGUCCAUCCAGAAACACCUCAGACUGGAUUCAUGA